CGGUCGAUAGUAAACUCGAUUGUGUGCGCAUCACCAUCAUCUCCGCUCCAGUCCCAGCAUCUCUCUCCUCCAUCCACACAGCAUUAACCUGUCCUGAACAUCAUCUCCAGCCUUCAUAAUGACCUUCAGGCCAUCUGGUUGAUUGGUGUCCGGUUGUUUCUGUCCGCUGUGGCUGCGCUUAUUGCUGCUGCUGUACAGGGAAACGGAUACCUGCGCUGCAUUGGCAUCACUGCAGAUUGUUUCGGGUGACAGCGCGGCCAUACAUUUUGGUGUAUUCUGCCUGUGACAUCUACCAUGGCGAAAACAGGCACAUCAUCCAGUGAGACAACAGGUGAAAAGAUGGCACCACCAUCCAUCACUCUACUUCCUGACAAGAGAUCUCCGACAAACAGUCACACCUCUCCAGCCCGAACUGGAAAAACGACUCCAUCUAACACAGAGAAGAAGCCACACAUAAACGGACACGCAUCCCCGUUACACUUAGCAGCUAACAUCAAUAACAACCACGCAGGUAAACAAAUUGUGGAGGGUUAUAUGAAGACAGACGACAGGAUGCGAUUAGCCAAAGAGAGACGCGAGGAGAGGGAGAGAAGUCUGGUGGCCAGGGAGCAGCUGAUCAGAGAGAAAGAGCGCAGAGCUCGGCUGCAGUAUGAACGCACAGUGGAGGAACGCUGGAGGCGGCUGGAUGAGCAGAGGCAGAAAGAGGAGUUCCGCAGAGCUGCAGUGGAGGAGAAGAGGAGGCAGCAGCUCGAGGAGGAGAGGGAGCGGCUGGAGGCCCUGAUGAAACGCUCUCUGGAGCGAAGCCUUCAGCUGGAGCAGAGGACCAAACGCUGGAGCAGAGGCUGCCCUGCAGGUGACAGUGAGAAUGCCCCACUCCCUUUCUCUGCUGCCUCCGCCUUUUCCCAUGGCAUUGCCUCCCCCCUUCCUGCUGUCAGCGAAUCUGCGCCCUGCAGCCCUCACAGGUCACCUUACUGCAGCUCACUGAACCCUGCAGAUCACAACAGAGCUGGACUUCAGGGAGGCUCUCAGUCCACUCCCAAUACCCCCAAGAAAGAGCGGCUUCGCAGAGACAGAAGAACUGCAUCCCCAUGUUGUGGAUCCCCUGUGAGAAGAUCCGAAUCCCCUGGUAGUGUCACCAAGCAGUUGGCUUCCCCUACUACUUCCAAGCUGGCAUCAAAGAUGCGCGCACCGUUUCCUAGCAAUGCACAUCAGUACUACUACUCUCCUACAAGACAUCGUCCAAACCUGUCAAGUGAUGAGAGGAAAGCAGACAACAAGAAGGUGGAAAAACACAGUGAACAAUCCAAAGAUGAGACUGCAGUGAAAAAGAAUGCUGACAUCAACAGCACAAAUCCAUCUUCACAAGAUGAGAAGAAUGCGGUCAACGCUGAAAUCACUAAAUCCAGAUCAUCUAAAGGUGAAACUUUUGAUAAGCAUCUCAAAGGCGACACAUCUGAAAAAAAUCAGUCCCCUGACAGAAAGGACCACAUGUCUCCCAAAGUGGAUUCUUUAGAGAAGAAGACGCAGAGCAACGCUGAGGAUGGAGACAAGAAAAAAGAAUCAGCACUGUGCACGUCCACGGGGAAGGUGGCAGCUGGCUCAACAAAUGCAGAGGAGGCUACCAGGUUGAUGGCAGAGCGUAGGCGUCAGGCUCGAGCUCAGAAAGAACUGGAAGAGAAAAAACGGGAACAAGAGGAAGAAGAAAGACUAAGGGAAGAGCAGCUGAGGAAGCAACUCGCACAGGAGCAGCGACAGCAGGAGGCAAAGGCUCAACAAGUGAAGGAAAAGGUGAAAAAUAAGGAAGAUCCUCACAGGCUGAAACAAGAAGAAGAAAAUCGAAAGGAGGAGCAGGAGAAGAAGCUACAGGCCCAGAUGGACAAAGAGAGAGAAAAAGCCAAAGUCCAGGCUCAAGAGGAUGCAGAGCGUCAGCGGCAAGACAGAGAACUGCAGGCGCAACAAGAAGAGGAGGAGAGGCAACUAAGAAAAAAGAGAAUUGAAGAGAUCAUGAAGAGAACAAGGAAGGGUGAAGCUGACUUGAAGGAGGAGCAGGUGGAGACGAAGCCCGUCUCACCACCAGGUGAAGUAAAGACUGUUCAAACUAAUGCUCAGGUGAACGAGCAAGCAAUCAAAAAGGCUGAGUUUCAGGUUAAAGAGCAGGCCACAGUCCAGGUUAGCACGAAAGAAUGUGGCCUGGUGAAGAAAGAAGCAGCAGCAGCACAGAUGGACAGUCAGAAGAGUUUGCAAGUUAAAAACAACGCUCAUCAAGUGACACCAACACACAGUGUUCCUGACAAGAGACCUGACACCAAACAAACCAGCGAAGAGCAUGGCAGCCAACCUAACAGAGAGGGCAAAGCCUGUGCUCUCAAGCAACAGGGAAGAGAGGUGGAUGUGAAUGUAAACAAGCAGCACAGAGCAAAUGUUAAAGACCAAAUAAAUAAAGGGCAGUCAGAGCCGACAGAAGAUGCCAAAGUCAAGCAAAGGGAGGGUGGUAUGAGGAAUGGAGCAGUGAAGGGGGAAGGAAGUGCCUCGAUGAGUAAACGUUUAACUGCUGAGGUAAGCAAACAACAAAGCCUGCAUGUGUCAACAGCUGAGGGGAAAACUAAAGGAGGGUCCCAGAUGGUGGUUAUUAGAGCCUCUGUGACACCCAUGUCUGUGGGACACCUAUCACCGCCAAUCAUCAAGCUGGAGCCACUAGAUGUGAAGGGUACAGGGUCUUGUGAUGAGGUGCAGUCCAUGGAGGUCAGCCCGGCUUCAAAGGAGGAACUGAUUUCAAUCCCAGAGUUCUCACCAGUCAAUGAAAUCCAGCACAGCAGCAUGAGUAACACCCGAGCUCUUGAAGACCUGAUGGACCUGACGGGCAGUGUCACCUACCCCAAACUGUCCUCUGAAGGCAACAUGGGCGACUGCAACAAGAACCUUAUCGAGGGUGUUGUUAGUCCCAUGUCAGACUCAAAGCUCACUGGGAUGUCGCCUCCGUCCUCAAAUAAACUUAGCAUCCAGUAGUCCAUUAAUCUCUCUCUUUUUCUUCCUCUCUUGCUUGCCUUCUCUCUUUCGUCCCUCUCUCCGUCACACACACACACACACACACACACACACACACACACACACACAUAACUCAGGAUGUCACAUUUUGAGUAUGUGCCCCCGUGUCAUUACAUUUAUGGGAAUAGAGCCAUAGAGAUUAAUAAAAAACAACAACUGUAAACCAUGACUUGCAAUAUAAACCAAACAUCUCCUAUAUUCUUAUCACAUAGCAACUGACCAUUGAAAUUAUGUGUCAAAGAUUUUGUUUAAUCUGCAGUUAUGAGGACAAGAGUUUGUGUGUUUGUGUGUGUGUGUGUGUGUGUGUGUGCAAGAUGAGCAUGUGUGAAAGAGGGUAAGGGAGAGAGAAGGUGUGUCUGGAUAUGUGAAAUAUUGACAAAAAAUGCAAAUAUGAGGGUAUUGAAGAUUCUAGAAAUUUAGAAAACACAGUAUUGCUGAUGUACGGUAAGAAUCUCUAAUUUUGCCUGCACAGAUUCCUCACAGUCCCAGUACUGGAGUAAUAAAGCCUGCUCAGAGCACUGAUGACUGCAUUUGUACCUCUGCCUUUCCACAUGCUAAUUUUGAAUACUUCAAAAAUGUCCUUUCUAGGUAACGUUAUUCAUGCACGUAUUGUUGAUUGAUUUGGCUGGAAUUUAAUGGAUUUAUCUGGCAAACUAAAAUCCAGCAGGACUCUCAGGGCCACUGCUGUCCUUCACUCUUCUUAACCCAGCGAGGUCUGAUUGUUCACGGUUUAAAUUUCAUGGCAAUGAGAUGAUUCCCUUUAUUCUUAUCUUCAACUGGGACUUUCUAACUGCACGUGAGGGAGGAGGUUUGAUUCCAAAGCUGUCAUCUUGAAUGUUAUCGCACAGUAAAAAAAUUCUGGCAUCAACACAAAUGAUAGUACAUUACUACAUGUUUGUUGCAGACUAGAGUGAAUCGCUAACUUGGACUCUAUUGCAAAUAUACAGUGAUUGCAUUCAUAAAAGCUUUAUUUCAGUGGUUUCAUUGAUGAAAGUACUGACAGCUAAGCAACUUCAUGUCAUUUAAAAUGUUUUCUGUAGGUGUGCCUUGCUAUGUAAAGGGUUUCCAAGGCACAGUGCUAAUGGAUGCAUUAAUUUACUAGACAUACAGUAACAUACAUAGAUUCCAAAUCAGUAUCUGGCUACUGAUGUGUAAGACUGAAGUGCACUGUGGCAGGAAUGUUUGCUUAACAAUCAACUUGUAAGUGUGCCCUGUAGCUAUAAAGAUGCUGUUUACUGUUAAAGUUUUCCUCCUUCCACCAUAUUGUACUGUGUGGUAGUGUAUAAGAAUUAUCCAGUGGGCUCCUUUAACUUCUUGAGCAGUUCAUAAAAUGGCUAAUAAUUGCAAUUUUUGUCAUGUGUCAUGUCUAAAUGUAAUUUCAGUAGAGAUGCCUUAUGAGGGACUGACCAUUUUACAGUCUUCUGGCUGUGCAUGUUUGUCCUUUCUGUUGGGCCACUGGGAUUGUUGUGUGCGACCUGUAAUACUUGAACCUUGGUUUGAAACCCAUCAUCUCCUCCAUGCUGCCAACAGUUUGUACACAUUAUUAUGUCACUUAUAAAGUGACAUUUAGAUUUGUGUUCCUCAGACAAUACAUAGCCUGGCAAGACAGAGGUGUUUUUAAUUGUCUUAAGUGAAGUAGUAAUAUAAUAACACACAGUAUUUGAAAGUUAGGAUUUGCUGUAUAUUUUGCAUAUUCAAACACUGCAGUUCUACAUUGACUAAAAUUCCACUAUAUUGCAAAGGGGACUGAUCUUAAGGAAAAGCAAAUGAAUAUAAAGAAAUGAUAUACACAGCCACCUCAAAAAGUAUUCAAGUCGGCUCAUACCCAUAUUUCAAAACAGUCUAUCGCAGUCAGCUUAACUCUUUAAGUUAUGUAAUUACUGUUGACAUUGUGCAUGGUAAGCAUGGUCAUACAAAUGUUAUCUGAAUCAAUAAAAUGUAAAACUGGGAA